AUGAGGGAGGAGGAGGAAACACUUUCUACUCUUCUCAGUGUCACGAAAGCUACCAGGUCACUGUUCCACCACGACAACCCAACAACCAUGCCAGGGGGAAGCUUUGUAUCGGCAAGUUUACUGCAGAGUCUGUCAAAGGAGGCCACGAACUUCUUCGAAGCAAACAUUGCGUUGCAUGAGGACCCCAUGAGCGUUGCAGUGAAAACUACAGGGCAAAGCAAGUCCCCACGUUGGAAUGCUGAGCGAAAAUUCCGCAUAUCAAGCACCAAGGCACAUGGUGUGUGGAUUAGGAAAAGGGACUUUGAAAGCCUAGUAAACAGGAUGCUUUCGCAAAAAAAGUUCACAAGUCGGGCUACCUCAUACGGCACACACAAUGAAAGCGUUGCACGGAAAGCACUUGAGGCGCUGUUAUCUACAAAGAUCUUUGAGACUGGACUGGUAGUUCUCCCGUACCAACCAUGGCUAUGCUGCAGCCCAGAUGGCUUGGUCUGCAUCAACGGGGAGACCGUCGUGACAGAAAUUAAGUGUCCAUAUUCGAGAGAGGGCUUGCCUCUAGUGGACGAAGCAGGAAAGGUGUCCCUUGUCAAAUACCUAACAUACGUCGAUGACAAGCUCACCCUGAAAAAGUCUCACGAAUACUUCACUCAAAUCCAGGUCCAGAUGUAUAUAAUGAACUUGAGCAAGGCGAUCUUCUACGUGUACAGCUCUGUGCAAAGUGUGUACCUCUAUAUUAACAGGGAUGACGAGUUCCUUUUGCCCCUGAUCGCAAAGUUGGAGCAUUUCUUUUUCACUAAACUGUUACCGUGUCUUCAGCCACAAAAUGUUUGUGUUUCUUAA